CAGCAGGAGAUGGACUAUCUCUCGCAGAGAGCGGUAGAGGUAGUUGCCCGCGCAGAAUAUCUGCGCGGGAGACUCGAUUUGCAGAACACGGCUGUCAACAACUUCCUCGCUCUUCGUAUGGCUGAGACUUCCAAGAGUGUUGCAGUCGCUUCUUGGAUCGAGAGUACGGCGGCGAAAUAUGUUGCCGUUGUCGGGUUGGUAUUCGUCCCUGCGGCAUCUAUUGCUACCAUCUUCGGAGUUCCCUUGGACUCCCAGGCCAAUUACUGGCUGAUUACGGUUUUCGUUACCAUUGUGCUGAUGGUCGUCUGUGUCCCGGUAUUUGGGAAAAGCUCGAUGAGGAGACCAGAAGUUAGAGAUCUCGCUACUAGAGUAGGUGGUUGACAGGUGUGGACCAUGGUCAAGCACCUCAAUAGGUAACCUGCAUUCAGAUGACAUUAAGAUUUAAAGCCCAGAUACCGGGCAAACCGAAAUAACAGAAAAACACUGGUGC